UUUCAUCAGCAUUGGAUGUCAAGAGGAGUUGUCUGUCGGCGUUGUUAGGAAACCAGCCGAAAGUCGUUGUGUUACAAGAAAAACACCGUCUUGGGACUACAAGUUCCUUUAAAAGAACACGGAGGGCUUCUCCUCGUACAUUUACGUUCCACUUUUGUGUUUUAUUCAGCCAAAAUGUUUUCCCUAUCGUCGUUUCAGCCACAGCAGAUGAUUGUGCCUCUCAACCAGCUCAUUGGCGCCCUCCACUCACUGAAGAACACUGCCACGGCAUCAGUGCAGACCCUGCACAAAGACUUCAGCCCAGAACACACUGCACAUGCGAAAGAGCCCAACGCAAGUCUUCGAGAUCUGGGGGUGUCAGACAUUCGAGGCAGUCUCCUGGACGAGCUACUGGACAGGUUACUGCCCACACUGGGCUCGGAGGAGCCGCCUGCCGUCCCCUCGGUAUGGAGGACGAGUCACGUUUCGGCACACAGCUUCUUUCACAACAAGCACGGGUUUGCACACAGAAGAUGUUUUGGCUCGCCAGUAUUCCACAGGCAAAAUCACAGACCUCUACGAGACGUUUGCACUGAGCUUCAGUUUUUACCCUUGUGGAUCCAGAGUCGAGAUUUCAAGACUCUCAGACCAAAGAGCAGAAAGACGGCGUCCGGUGACGAUGUUCCGACUGAGUCCGAUCCUUAUACACCGGCUUUCAUUAAGGGGUUUUUGACCAGGGAAAAGGGUGCAGAGGCUCAUUCGUUGGACCAACUGACAAAAAGCAGGAACCUUCCACAGAACCAAGAAGAGACCUUCAAGUUGGGCUUCUCUGAGGGCUUCAUGCGAUCGCAGGCCUACACACAGAAGACGCAAGAUUCAUUGAGGAGAACCAGAUUUGUGCUGUUGGUGCUUCUUCUACUCGGCAUUUAUGGUCUGUCCAGAUCCCCCUUUCUCUCGGGUAAAGGCUCCUUUUCUGAUGCUGUGAGGUUCCGCACCACAUCGGGCCUGGACUCGGCCAUCGACCCUAUCCAAAUGAAGAAUGUGACAUUCGAACACGUUAAGGGAGUGGAAGAGGCAAAGAAUGAGCUGCAGGAUGUUGUGGAAUUCCUCCGGAACCCGCACAAGUUCACAGUUUUGGGUGGGAAGCUGCCCAAAGGAAUCCUCCUGGUCGGGCCGCCAGGCACCGGGAAGACACUGCUAGCCCGGGCGGUCGCUGGCGAGGCGGACGUGCCUUUCUACUAUGCCUCUGGUUCUGAGUUUGAUGAGAUGUUUGUGGGAGUAGGUGCCAGCCGCAUCAGGAACCUAUUCAAGGAAGCCAAAGCCAACGCGCCUUGCGUCAUUUUCAUUGACGAGCUGGACAGCGUCGGAGGAAAGAGGAUCGAGUCUCCCAUGCAUCCGUACUCCAGACAAACCAUCAACCAGCUGUUGGCCGAAAUGGACGGGUUUAAACCAAAUGAGGGCGUCAUCGUCAUCGGUGCUACCAACUUUGCAGAAGCCCUGGAUAACGCUCUGGUGCGACCGGGCAGGUUCGACAUGCAGGUGACGGUCCCUCGACCCGACAUCAAGGGACGGACUGAGAUCCUCGACUGGUACCUGAACAAGAUCAAAGUGGACUCAGAGGUGGAGCCUGAAAUUAUCGCCAGAGGCACGGUGGGCUUCACGGGAGCCGAGCUGGAAAACCUGGUCAACCAGGCAGCCUUGAAGGCGGCGAUGGAUGGGAAAGAGAUGGUCGGCAUGAAGGACCUGGAAUUCGCCAAGGACAAGAUUCUCAUGGGCCCUGAGAGGAGGAGCGUGGUGAUUGACAAGAAGAACAAGACCAUCACGGCCUAUCACGAGUCGGGCCACGCCAUCGUGGCAUACUACACCAAGGACGCCAUGCCCAUCAAUAAGGCCACCAUCAUGCCACGCGGACCCACGCUCGGACACGUGUCGCUGCUCCCAGAAAACGACCGCUGGAGCGAGACCAGGGCGCAGUUGCUAGCCCAGAUGGACGUCAGCAUGGGUGGGCGAGUGGCAGAGGAGCUCAUCUUCGGCGAUGACUUCAUCACCACAGGUGCAUCCAGCGACUUUGACGGGGCAACCAAAAUUGCUAAUUUGAUGGUGACCAGGUUCGGCAUGAGUGACAAGCUCGGAGUCAUGACCUACGGCGACGUGUCCAAACAAAGUCCUGAGACGCAAGCCGCCAUCGAACAGGAAAUCAGGAUACUCUUGAAGGACUCGUACGAGCGGGCCAAGAUCCUCCUCGAGAAGUACAAAAAAGAGCACGAGAAGCUCGCCAACGCCCUCCUCAGGUACGAGACUUUGGACGCCAAAGAGAUCCAACUGGUUCUGGAGGGAAAACCGCUGGACCACUAAGACACCCCCCACUUCCCUGUACUGUGCAGUCCUCAGCGAGGCGGCACCGUACAUACUGUAUCAACCCAGAACGCUGAGUUAUUUAAAACUCUCAACUGCUUUUGUCUAGUCAUUUUUAGAUUUAAUUUUAUCGGUCGGAUUGGAUGACAAAGUAACCUCAUUUCAUGGACAAGACACACGAGCACCAGUGCUUCUAUUUAUUCAACAAGGAAGCUCUGGGUACCUAGAAGGUGCCAUUUUGUAUAGCCGUGUGCAGUACAUUUUCAGCAUCAUACCUCCUGAAAAGAGCUACUUUUAUUUAUUGAAGUGCCCUCCAUUGCCUCCCGUAUUCUUGCUCAAAUAAAGGUCAUUCUUUCUCCACCUGACAA